AUGAGAGAAGCCUACUCUUCCUACCAAGCUCCUGGACGCAACGCGUGGCAACUCUGCACAAAGCUUUCAUCUCACACCAUCAUGCUCGUCCAUAACCUGGCCAGCCAGGAGUUCCUCUGGGCCGGUGGAGCUCUUUCGGGAGUUGCAAUCCACCUAACACUCUUCAUCCGUGGCGAGUGGCAUGUUCACGCUCCAGAAAUCCUCUGUGCCUACGGCGCCCUCGUCGCUGUCUCAACCCUGGCCGGAAUCCUCUAUGAAGCCUCAAUCAUCGGGCAGGCACUCGCCUGCCACUUGCUAGGUCUGACUGCCAGCAUCAUCACCUAUCGCAUCUUCUUUCAUCGCUUGACCCGUGCCGGGUUCCCGGGACCGUUUUGGGCCCGCUUCACAAAGCUGGGUCAUGUGUGGUACUCUCGACACUCCAAGAACAACCUGUACCUGCAUGAGCUGAAUGCAAAGUAUGGGGACGUUGUGAGGACUGCUGAAUUCUACGAUCUGAUCUGGCCUGAAAUGGCACUGUUCGCUGCACGGGACAGAAGUGUCCAUUCGAGGCGGCGGCGAGACUGGCAGCCUGCUUUCUCUCCUCAAGGACAUUAUGAAGAAAAGGUGCUGUUGCACAUCGAAGAGCUAGAUCAGCAGCUGGAGUUGAAAGCAAAGAGCGGCGCCGUCGUGAAUGUCACCGACUUUUUGCUCUGGUUCACCUUUGAUGUCCUCUGGAUCAAGGAUUGGUACGAAUCAGUCGACUGGUGCCAGGAGCAGAUCCAAGCACGCCUAGCCAAGGGGCCGGCGCCGGAGCUACGAGAUCUCACGUAUUACAUCAUGGAGAAGGAGAAGGAGAACAAAGUCGAUGCUGGGCCUUGGCUCAGGGGGGAUACCAACCGCGCAAGCCCUCGCCGCGGUCCUCCACGAGCUGGUGCUGCACCCAGAGCACAUCGACAAGCUCCACGCCGAGCUGGGAGACACAUGCCUAACCGACACCAACGCCCUGGCCGAGCUCCCCCAUCUCAACGCCGUCAUCCAGGAGGCCAUGCGCCUCCACCCAUUCCUGCCCACCGGCGGAAUCCGCAAAACCACCGACACUGGCGUGACCAUCCGGGACGUGCACAUACCGCCUCACACGACAGUCCUAACUCCUCUUUACACCAUCUCCCGGCGCGAGGAUUGCUUCGAACAGGGCUCCUCCUUCAUCCCAGACCGGUGGACCACCCGCCCGGAGAUGGUCCGUAACGCGGCCGCCCACGCCCCGUUCAGCUUGGGCAAGUAUAACUGCAUCGGGCAGCACCUCGCCAUGCGAAUGAUGCGGUACACGCUUGCGCGGGUCAUCAAAAAGUACAG